AUGGACUUGGUGUGCCGGUCAUUGAUCCUGAAUACAAGUCACCCGGUAAAGGCCAACAUGCACAACUUUGGAGAAUUCAUGCUAGCUCUUAUGCAGAUAAAUGAAGCUGUUGAUGAGCUGUCUCUGUCUUUCACUUAUUCAUCAAACCUCAUGAUGAUGCUUGUUUCCCUCUUCACCAUCAUGUGA